AGGUUUCCUUCGUUAAAUAUCAUUCAAAAGGUCAAAUAAAAUCUAAAUCAAUAAGUAUCGACUAUUGGCGAUAAAAUAAGGCGGCAACCCUAACAAGAAUAACCAGGUUGGCAGCACUCUUCUACGCAAGGUACCACACAACCCUGGCCGUCGGUAGAGAGAAUAAUUUAUGUGUGGAAGUGGUGCCGAAUAUAAUUACAGUAUUUCCGCAAUAUAUCGAGUGCAAUUCGAAUCUGUUCGUGGCAAAUUGGACGCCCGCAUUUAGCCAGGUGUGUUUACCGCCAGCCGCUCCACCUUGGGCCGCAUCUCCAGCCGUUGAUAACGCGCGGCAAGCCGCUAAAUGGGUAGCAUCGCGGUAGCGUCAUUGCUGUACUAAAACCUAAAAAUCGCCGUGCUCGUAUUCCGCCAUUUUGAAAGCUGCGUUUGGAAUUUGGACGCGUUGCUGGAUUCUCGAUUUCAAUAUGAAGCGCCAAAAAUGAUUGCAGCGUUUGCAUCGUAGUCUUGAAAACGUUUUCGUUCCAUUGAUUUAAUUAGAGCCACUGAAAGCGGUUGACGACGACGACGACGACGACGACGGCCUCCCAGUUAGCAGCAUAGAGAGGAUACCACUUCCAUACCAGCCUGCGCCCAGCGCCCCUCACUAAACACUGAACAGUAAACACUAAGAACCGAAAGAAUCAAAACGAAAUCACAGCCGCCGCCAGACAAGGCCGAGACGAGACAGAGAGGAGUGGUUAACAAAUAGACACAGAUACUAAUUCCGGGACAAAAAUGGACAAAAAUCUGAUGAUGCCGAAGCGUUCGCGCAUCGAUGUUAAGGGCAGUUUCGCCAACGGACCGCUACAGGCGCGUCCACUGGUGGCUCUGCUCGAUGGACGUGAUUGCUCCAUCGAGAUGCCAAUUCUAAAGGAUGUGGCAACGGUGGCCUUUUGCGAUGCACAGAGCACCUCCGAAAUACACGAGAAGGUACUCAAUGAGGCAGUGGGAGCUCUGAUGUGGCACACAAUCGUCCUCACAAAGGAGGACUUGGAGAAGUUCAAAGCUUUACGCAUCAUUGUACGCAUAGGCAGCGGCACAGACAACAUUGACGUUAAGGCGGCGGGCGAACUGGGCAUCGCUGUUUGCAAUGUCCCCGGCUAUGGAGUCGAGGAGGUGGCGGACACGACGAUGUGCUUGAUCCUCAAUCUCUAUCGGCGGACCUACUGGCUCGCGAAUAUGGUGCGAGAGGGCAAAAAGUUCACUGGACCCGAGCAAGUUAGGGAGGCAGCACACGGCUGUGCACGCAUCCGCGGCGAUACGUUGGGCCUGGUGGGACUGGGCCGAAUCGGAAGUGCCGUGGCAUUGAGAGCAAAGGCGUUCGGCUUCAAUGUCAUCUUUUACGACCCCUACCUGCCCGACGGCAUCGACAAGUCACUGGGUCUCACACGUGUCUACACGCUGCAGGAUCUGCUUUUCCAGUCCGACUGCGUAUCACUGCAUUGUACGCUUAACGAGCACAACCAUCAUUUAAUCAAUGAAUUCACAAUUAAACAGAUGCGACCUGGUGCAUUUCUGGUGAACACCGCCCGAGGCGGACUGGUUGAUGACGAGACCUUGGCGUUGGCGCUGAAGCAGGGACGCAUUAGAGCUGCUGCGUUGGAUGUCCACGAAAACGAACCUUACAAUGUAUUUCAAGGCGCUUUGAAGGAUGCCCCAAAUCUGAUUUGUACACCGCAUGCGGCCUUCUUCAGCGACGCGUCCGCCACAGAGUUGCGUGAAAUGGCAGCCACCGAGAUCCGGCGGGCAAUCGUCGGCAAUAUUCCAGACGUUUUAAGGAACUGCGUCAAUAAGGAGUACUUCAUGCGCACGCCGCCCACUGCUGCCGCUGGGGGCGUGGCGGCGGCUGUUUAUCCCGAAGGAUUAAAUGGCGGCUAUUAUACAGGCGCACUGCAUCACCGGGCACACAGCACCACGCCGCACGAGGGGCCCCACAGUACGACCAACCUGGCUGCUGCUGCUGCUGCCGCCGCUGCUCUGGCGCCGCCGCCUCCUGGCAGCAACUCCUCCUCCUCCUCGGUGGCCGCUGCUGCAGCUGCGGUUGCUGCCGCGGCAGCUGCCGCUGCCCUUUUGCCGGUACCGUCACCGGUGCCGCAGGUUCCAUCGAACUCCGUGCCCUCGGUGCCGCAUCUGUCGCCCCAGGUCGCCGGAUUGCCGCUAGGAAUUGUGAGUAGCCAAUCGCCCCUGAGUGCGCCCGACCCUAAUAAUCAUCUGUCGUCGUCGAACAUAAAAACGGAGGUGAAGACCGAGUCAACGGAGGCGCCGUAGGCAGACCUUCAUAAAGCUGGAACAUGAACUGGAGCUGAAGCUGAUGCAGAAAUGGAGGAGUGAAUGACAACGGACACUGGGUGCAGUGGAGUCGGUUCAGUGUGGAUCAGUCGGUUAAUUUGGGAAUCACACCCGAACAAACGGAGAACAGAAAAUAAAAAACUUAUGAAGAAAACCAAAAUAGAAAAAGCCAACAUUACAUCUGCAAAGGAUUCCUUGCACGCGCGCGCCAGCACUUGAUUUGAAUUUUUCCACACGUUUCUAUGUGUUUAUUUAAAAACGAUAAAACAAAAAAAAAUACCAUUACACAUUUGCAUUACCAAGCCUCAAACGAAACAAGAACAUUAACAGCAAGCAGCAGCAACGCAGGAGGAGUCGAAGUCGAGGAUUAUGAUAAGGAAGGAGUGGAAGAGGAGGAGCAGGAGCAGGAGCGAGCCAAUCCCACAACACGCCUCAAAAUUAACUACAUAUUUAGAAUUUAAUUUGUAACUAUUUGUAAUUUUACAGUUACAAUUUAAGAUUUUUAUUUGUAUUGCAGCAAAUUGUAAGUGAAAAAAAUAUGUUACUACAUAUAAGCGCAAAAACAAAUGCAAAUGUUGGAAAAUUUUAAUUACGUGAAACAAGAACGAUUAUGGCAUAAAAAAAAAAAUACAAAAAACAAAAAAUUAAAAACACUAGAAACAAAAGCAACACACAAGAGAGACGUUUAGUGCUUAAGAUACGUUUAAAGUAAAUAAUAAAAAAAACAAAAACACGGAAUACAAAAAGA